GACAAGCUGACAGAAUCCACCCUUUUUUCUGCGAAAUAAAUUGCCGUGCUAGAAUGCUGAAUAUCUGAGCAGAUGGCAGAAAACGCUGGCCAGAAGGCUGAAUUAAUGGUGUCUGACAAGUACAAUUAUGAGCAACGUCCUCUUGGUGUUAAUCGCAAGCGAGAGGAAGACUUGCAGAGGGAAAAGAUGGAGUUGCUCAGAAAAGGUUUGGCCCUUCAGGAGCGUGAGCUGCAACUGAAGGAGCAUGAGGUGCGACUGCAAGAGCAAGAGCUGUGCAUGAAACGACUCGAACGUGUUGACAAAAUUAUUGAGGUACUCCGAAGGUUGUUUGGAGAGGAGCAUCCCUUUGUCAAAAGGCGAUGAGGCGUUUGGGUAAUGCAUUCGGAUGCGAAAGUGUAAAACAAUGACUGAGUGAUAUAGCACUAAGAUUAAGCGCCAUUGAUAACGUCUCUAGCAUCGCCGGCUCG